UCACGUUCGCAUCUUCACUGCUACAAAGAACGGCUGAUAUUGGCUUGUGAUGACUGCUGUAUAAUGGUAUAUAACGGCUUAAUUUGAAUGUUACGGUACCAUAUCAAUCGAGGUCCAUGACAACAGCCUCGCCCUCUUCUACGGCCAUAGGCUCUACAGUUGGGCCAAUAACAACGUUAUUGUUAGUGAGAGGACGGGCGGAAACUAGAGGCUUAGAAGCCGACUGAUCCGCUAGUAUUCCUGGUGUUUCUUCAUGGUCUUCUGGUCGGCCUACCGCCAGCUCCUCCUGUGCCCUGCGCCUGGACUCAAGGAUAGCUUUCCUCACACUGUCUUUCUCGUCUGUUAAAGUCAGUGAGUGUGGGAUGUCGUAUAAUACCAUGGCCUGGCUUUGGUUCAUUCCCGCUAGCUCGCCAUCCUUAUUCGCGAGGAUAGAUGAGGGUAUGCGCCUGUUUAAGAGGCGCUUCUCGAUAUCUGGUAAAAAGACCAGUUUAUUUUCGUCGUCCGAUGACUCAAUCUCCUCGAGUUCUUUGUCCAGGUCGUAGAUGUAAACUUUAUGUUUCGUAUCGUCUAAUCGCAUCGUAUCAUCGUCGACUUGUUGUCUUUCUGGUGUCUUCAGGGCUGGGAGCGUGUUGGGACGUUGCUCGACGGAGGCAUGGAGGUGAUCGGCAUUGUGGUCUACAUCAGAUGAAAUUAGCCCAAGUCCAAACGAAAUGAAUACGGAGUGAAUAAGAACCUAAAUUGAGAGUGCUAAGUUUCUUCGACAGUCUGUCGUCGUUGAAAUUCAGUGUCUCAGCCUUUCUCUUCUUGACCCUGCCGUCCAUCGCGCGACGGUGCUCCAUCACAUUAUUUCGUAGCCCGAGCUCCAGCCAACUUUUUCUUUUAUCAACCGCUCGUCAAUAAGAUUGUAUCCUCUACAGCGAACGAGCUUUGUGUCCUCGUCGCGACGUCGAGCUUGAUUGAUACUUUGUCUGUAGCUGCUGUUCGAUUGGGCGGCUUGUCUCGUAGACGAUAGCGCUGGAUGGUUGUCGGCGGCUUGUGGAGGUCGACGUCUUUCUUGACUCGCUCGCCUAUCUUCUGCACCGUCGAAUCCACACGUAUCCUCCCUCGUUAUACCCAGAGACUCACUGCGCCAAGAUCUUCUAGACGAUCACACAUACAGUUAAUUGCCGGAGGAAGACGGUUUUCGGGCAAUAUGGCCAGCGAGACGGCCCAAGAGUGGCCCGCGCCACUGGUGAGGAAGACGUUCCUGGAGUAUUUCGCCGACAGACAGCACGAGAUUGUUUCUUCCGCCUCGGUGGUGCCACACAAUGACGCUACCCUCCUGUUCGCGAAUGCUGGUAUGAACCAGUUCAAGCCUAUCUUCCUGGGGACAGUUGGAGCCACCGAAGCAUUUGCCAGCAUGAAGCGUGCUGUUGAUACCCAGAAGUGUAUUAGAGCAGGUGGAAAGCACAAUGAUCUUGACGAUGUUGGAAAAGACUCCUAUCAUCACACAUUUUUCGAGAUGUUGGGUAAUUGGUCUUUUGGGGACUACUUCAAAAAGGAGACCAUCGAGUUCUCUUGGGAACUAUUGACCAAGGUCUUUAAGUUAGAUCCGGACCGUCUCUAUGUGACUUAUUUCGAGGGCGACAAAGACCUAGGCCUCGAGGCUGAUUUGGAGGCCAAGGAGCUGUGGAUGGCAGUUGGUGUUUCUGAAGACCACAUUUUGCCAGGAGACAUUAAAGAUAACUUCUGGGAGAUGGGAGAGACGGGACCAUGUGGUCCCUGCAGUGAAAUCCACUUUGAUAGAAUUGGGGGCCGAAACGCCGCCAGUCUAGUCAACCAGGAUGACCCAAAUGUGCUUGAGAUUUGGAACAACGUCUUCAUGCAAUUUGACAGACAAAAGGACAGGUCCUUAAAGGUUCUUCCCGCCAGACAUAUUGAUACCGGCAUGGGCUUUGAGCGCCUCGUGUCUAUUCUCCAAGACAAGACUUCCAACUACGCUACUGACGUUUUCACCCCGUUAUUCGCCAAAAUCCAGGAGGUUACCCAAGCUCGACCAUACACUGAUAAGUAUGGCAAAGAUGAUGCCGACGGAAUCGACACCGCAUACCGCGUGAUUGCGGAUCAUGUGCGCCUCCUCACAUUCGCUAUUUCUGAUGGAGCAGUUCCAAACAACGAAGGCCGUGGUUACGUUGUCCGCCGCGUCCUACGCAGAGGGUCGCGCUAUGCCAGGAAAUACUUCAAUGCCGAUAUUGGAAACUUCUUCUCCCGUAUUUUGCCAGCUCUGGUGGAGCAGAUGGGCGAACAAUUCCCCGAAAUUGUCAGGAUGCAGUCUGAGGUCGCUGAAAUCUUAGACGAGGAAGAAGCUCAAUUUGCCAGGACCUUGGACAAUGGUGAAAAGAUGUUUGAAAGAUUUGCUACAAGAGCUAUCAAGUCUGGCACCAACCGCCUCACUGGAGAUGAGGUCUGGCGUCUGUAUGACACUUACGGUUUCCCCGAAGAUUUAACCAAGAUUAUGGCGGAUGAGCGUAACAUCGGCUACAAUGAUGAAGAGAUCGAAAUUGCAAGGCUGAAGGCUCGCGAAGCUAGCAAGUCUACAAAGGAGGGUGUCAUUGCAUUCGCCAAGCUGGAUGUCCAUCAGAUCGCUGAGCUAAACAAGUCUGAGAUACCACCAACAAUCGACGACGCAAAGUACACUGGCAACGUUACUACUGGUAAAGUUAAAUUCAUCUAUGAUGGCAAAGACUUCCUGAAAUCCACCAAGGAGUUGGUGGCUGGUCAAAACUUUGGGUUGAUGUUGGAUCGUACCAAUUUCUAUGCCGAGUCAGGUGGCCAAGUUGCCGACGUUGGUAGAAUUGGUAUUGACGGUGGGGCUGAGUUCAAGGUUGUUGAUGUCCAGGCAUACGGUGGCUACAUUCUUCACAACGGGUUCCUAGAGCAGGGACAGCUUUCGGCUGAUGACGAGGUCACACUUGAAUAUGACGAAAUCCGAAGGCAACCCAUCCGCAACAACCAUACCGGAACCCAUAUCCUGAACCACUCCCUGAGAGAAGUUCUCGGCGAUGAGGUGCACCAGAAGGGCUCUUUGGUCGAUGCGGAAAAGCUCCGUUUCGAUUUCUCUAACAAGGUUCAGCUUACUUUGCCAGAGCUCCAAAAGAUUGAGGAUUUCUCAAACUCGUACAUCAGGCAAAACUGCAAAAUUUACUCCAAGGACGUCCAGCUUGAGGAGGCGCAGGGUAUUGUCGGUCUCCGCGCUGUGUUUGGCGAGACCUACCCCAACCCCGUCCGCGUAGUCUCUGUUGGUGUUGAUGUCGACACCUUGCUUGCUGACCCAAAGAAUGAGGAGUGGCGCAAAGUCAGCGUCGAAUUCUGCGGUGGCACACACGUGGACCAGACCGGAGAGAUCAAGGACCUCAUCAUCGUUGAGGAGAGCGGUAUCGCGAAGGGUAUCCGCCGUAUUAUUGCGUAUACUGGCCAGGCCGCCCGCCAAGUCCAGCUCGCUGCAAAGGACUUUUCACAGAGGCUCGACGCCCUCGAGGCACUGCCAUACGGACCUGAGAAGGAGCGCGAAAUCAAGGCCAUCUCGUCCGACCUCAAUGGUCUCAGGAUAUCCACUCUCACCAAGGAACAACUCCGUGACCGCUUCAGCAAGGAGUCGAAGAAGGUUGUCGAUGAGCAAAAGAAGCGUCAGAAGGCCGAGUCGAGCACUGCUACCGAUGCAGUAAAGGCAUACUUCAACGACCCGGAGAACAAGGAUAAGUCUUUCUACGUUGCGAGGUUACCGAUUUCCGCCAACAGCAAGGCUAUCAGCGAUGUGAUCAACUACUGCAAGAAAGAGGCGAAGGAUAAGACGGUGUAUGUCUUUGCUGGAGGCGAGGAGCAUGGAGCCGUUAUUCACGGUGUCUAUGUUGGAACUGCCCAUGCGACGGAUGUUCUCGCUGAAGAUUGGUCAGGGGCCGUAGUUGAUAUUCUCGGCGGCAAGUCCGGCGGCAAGCAGCCAACCCGCCAAGGACAGGGUGAGAAGCCUGAGAAGAUUGAUGAGGCUGUCAAUACUGCUACUAAGUGGCUUGAAAGCAAGUUGAAGAUCUAAGCGUCGUUCAUACUCAUAGAGUUGUGGGGUGAAUUCAACGGACCAAUCAGGGUGUAAAUUAUCACAAUGAAGAU